UUCUAAGCGCAAUACUGUAGUUAAGGCCAAAUCUAUGGGCCCAUCUUGUAAAGAUAAGUGCAGGUUCCAAUGCUCUAAAAAAGUUCUCCAGAUCGAGCGCGAGGGUAUCUUUGAACAGCUUUGGUCACUUUCCAAAACCAUCGACCUUAAACGACAAUUUGUUCCCCCAAAUAAAAUAUAUGCUGAGGUAAAGGAUACCAUAAGAGACCAUAUUUUGAAGUUUCCAACAGUAGAGUCUCAUUACAGUAGAGAGCGCUCAUCCAAAAAAUAUCUCGAAAAUAGCUUAUCUACAUAUAUCAAAAAUGUACGAGCUUUAUAA